AUGGCAUUUUACUGGGGAAAGAGCUCAGACGCCAUGUUCUCCUGUUGGCACAGUCCCAGCUCCGGGGCCUUGGUGUUCUGGCUCUCCGUGCUCGUGGAGUGGAUCUCGCACGCCAGGAUCGUAAGACCCGGCAUCAACAACGUCGUGGCUAGCCUCAUGCGGACAGUGAUGUACGCUGUUCAUAUCACGGUGGCCUACGUGGUGAUGCUCGCCGUCAUGUCCUUUAACGCCAGUGUUCUAAUCGCUGCUGUCGCGGGACAUGCUGGUGGGUUCUUGCUCUUCGGCAGUCGGGCUUUUAGGAGUAAGUCCCGGGCGAUGGUUCAUCAGGAGCCAUCCGAUUUCUCCCUCCACAGGACUGCUGAUGGUCAUUAG